GAAGAGAGACGGAAAGAGAAGAGGGAGAAGAGAGACAAAUAGAGAAUAGGGAGAGAGAGACGGAGAGAGGAGAGGGAGAAGAAAAUACAAAGUGGAAGAAGAGAGACUAAGAGAGAGGGUGAAGAAGAGAGACAAAGACGACGGUGAGAACAAGUAAAACGUGGAAAUAUAAACGAAGAGAAAAAAAAACUGAAUAAAAAGGUGCCAAAGAGACACGAAAAAGAGACAAGAAAAGACAAAAGAAAGUGCAAGACAAGAAAAAAGGAAACAGAGUCAAAAGGAAAAAAGAUCUCCGGCAGGAUGCACGGUCCACGGUCCACGAUCCUGGGUCUCGCGCUCGCCAUCCUGGGGACAUCGGCAGCCUUCAAGCAGAUGUUAGGAGAGAACGAGAUGUUUUUUCGCGAUCUGUUCCUCAAGUUCAACGAAGCCAAGCAGGAGCCCAAAGUCAAGUCUUAUGACCUGAGUUUCCUCUCAUUCGAACAGCAAGACCUGCUCAAGUCCGUCGCUAGCAUCGAAGAGCUUGCCAACCUCACGGGCUUGCCUCUCCUGGACGAGGACCCGAGCGAAGGACUCCGGAUCGGGUUUCGAAGCCUCUCGCCACCGGUUCGAACGCGAAGACGCAGACAGUACGAGAAGCUCCCGACUUGCAAGCCGAGAACAGUCACCGAGCCUGUCGAGCAGCAUCACGACGGAGUGCGCACGAUUCCCACCUGCAUUGAGAGGAAAGUCUGCGGAGGAUGCUGCUCGGUCGGGCGUCUCUGCGUCGCGACCAAGACGAAGGAAGUCACAAAGAAGGUAAUGCAACUGGAAACAAACAGCGCAACGCCUGUGCUUCUCAACGUGACGGAGGACGAGGAGUGUGAGUGCGUCUGUAAGAUCAAAGCGUCGGACUGUGGCAACUCUCAGAGGCAAGAAUACGACCACGAAAAUUGCAUGUGCAGGUGCAAAAGCUCCCUCCAAGAUGAGAAGGCAGUAUGCGAGAGCCUAGGUAACUUCUGGGAUAACAUCAACUGCCGCUGCGCCUGCCGGUCUGUGAUGAACAGGGAGUGUUCUUCAGGGUACCAUUUUGAUGAGUUAACCUGCGGCUGUAUACCUUCAUACUAAUUCAGCCUGACCUGAAGACAUCCUGACCCGGAGAUAUCUUUGGCCGAAGAUAUUUUCACCAAAAUGAAGUGAACUUGAUUUUUGAUCCGAAUGUAUUUAGAAUUGAAGAUAUCUUGCCCUAAACCCAUCUUGAUCCGAAGAUAUCUUAAAUAAUUUGACCCAUAUAUAACUUGAUCCAAAUAUAUCUUCAUUCGAAGCUAUCUUUGACCUUGAAACAAGUUGAUCUGAGCGAAAAGA